AUGUCUGACCAGGACAAUGGCGAGAGCUGUGAACAGCUCUUGAAUCUCCUGCACCAACGUUUAAUUGCUACAGGAGAAUGGUCUAGUCUUCUGAUGCAGCUGCGUCAGAUGCUAGAAGAUAGCGGCUGGGAAGCCAAACUGCGGGAUCAUGCUGAGCAAGAGGCCCGCUCGCAGGAAUCCUUGCAUCUGGCCACUAUGGUUGACAAGCUAGGAACUUAUGCGCAUGAUACGUUCCCCGAGUCGAUCCGUGCAUCGAUCGGUGCCAAGCUGCGUGACUUUCUUGAUCGUAACCUAGAGGACGCAUAA